AUGAGCCCCGCCAUUCUGCUGUCCUGCCUGCUGUGUCUUCUGCCCAUCGAGUCCUGCAGGACAUUAUGCCAGGCCACCAGCAAAAGCAAAGAGAAGGUGCCUAACAGGCCACACGUUGCGUGUGAUGGAAUCUGUGUGGAGGAAAAUGCCCACUGCAGUCAGCUUUGCCCUCCAGGGAUUGAGGGAAAUAUGGGGUUUGUAUGCAGGACAAAGACAUGGCACAAAAUCACAGAUACCUGCCGGACCCUUAAUGCCUUCAACAUCUUUGAGGAGGAAGUACAGGCAGUUCAGGACUUUGAAGCAAGGACAAAGGUAGAUGAGUUUCCUGAGAAAUACGAGACCAUAGCAGAGAAGCUGUUGCAGAAGUGCCCUGAGGAUUUGUCUUGUGUCACAAGAACCAUCCAGCAUUCUCCCCAGUUACCGGGCAACAUUGCUGUCAUUGUGCAGCUGUUACACAACAUAUCAAUGGCGCUAAUGGCAAAUGUGAAUGAGGCAAAGAUGCAGAGUUACAGCACCAUGGCCAACCACAUUCUUGACAGCAAAAGCAUCUUGAACUGGACCUUCAUUCCCGACAGAAAUAGCAGCUCCAUCCUGCUCCAUUCAGUCAAUUCCUUCGCAAGAAAGCUAUUGCUCAACAAACAUCCCAUUGAUGUAGUGCACGCCUUCAUUCAUACCACGGGUGCCAUCCUCUCUGGACACCAUGCUGGAAGGAAUCUCAGCUUUUCAAUGAGAGUUAAUGACACCAGCAGGGAAGUCACAGGGAAGGUCUUGAUCAGUAAAGAAGAUCUUCAGAGAGUGCCUUCACCUUCUCAGAUCAUCAGCGUUGCGUUUCCAACUCUGGGGGCUAUCUUGGAAGCCAGCCUAUUGGAAAAUGUCACCGUGAAUGGGCUUGUCUUGUCUGUCAUUUUGCCCCAGGAGCUGAAAAGGAUCUCUCUGAUUUUUGAGAAGAUCAGCAGUUCGGAGGAACGGAAGACGCAGUGUGUUGGCUGGCAUUCCUUGGAGAGCAGAUGGGACCAGCAGGCCUGCGAAAGGAUUCAAGAAAACUCCCAGCAAGUCAUUUGCCGGUGUUGGCCAAACAAAUUAUUUACCUCUUUUUCUAUUCUUAUGUCACCUCACCCCUUAGAGAACCCAAUUCUGAUGUAUAUCACAUACAUCGGCCUGGGCAUUUCGAUUUGCAGCUUGGGCAUUUGCCUGACCAUUGAAGCCCUGGUCUGGACUCAAGUGACCAAGACAGAGAUUUCUUAUUUGCGCCACGUGUGCAUUGCUAACAUUGCAGCCACCUUGCUGAUGGCCGAUGUGUGGUUCAUCGUGGCUUCUUUCCUCAGUGGUCCAAUCAAACACCACGGCGGAUGCGUGGCGGCAACGUUUUUCGUUCACUUCUUUUACCUUUCUGUGUUUUUCUGGAUGCUGGCCAAAGCGCUCCUUAUCCUCUAUGGGAUUUUGAUCGUGUUCCAUACAUUGCCCAAGUCCGCCCUGGUGGCGUCUCUCUUUUCAGUGGGUUACGGCUGUCCUCUGGUCAUUGCUGUCAUCACAGUGGCUGUCACUGAGCCUGGCAACGGCUACCUACAGCUUCACGUCUGCUGGCUGAACUGGGACCUGACCAAGGCCCUCCUGGCCUUCGUGGUCCCGGCGCUGGCCAUUGUGGUGGUAAACCUGGUCACCGUCAUGCUGGUGAUCAUCAAGACCCAGAGAGUGGCCAUGGGCAGUUCCAUGUUCCAGGAAGUGAGAGCCGUCAUGAGGAUCAGCAAGAACAUUGCCAUCCUCACCCCACUCCUGGGCCUGACGUGGGGGUUCGGCAUCGCCGUGGCCGUCGACGGGAGCUCCCUGGCCUUCCACAUCGUCUUCUCCUUGCUUAACGCAUUCCAGGGCUUCUUCAUCCUGGUGUUUGGAACGAUCCUGGACCCAAAGGUACCAUAUGUAAAUUCUUCUCUCUUUUUCUGUACUUUCGGGCCGUUCAUUCCAGGAACGGUGAACCCAAAGAACCACGCCUGUAUUCCUGUCUUCUUGCCUGCGGGAACUUUGAGGAAGGCUCACAACUUGGAGCCGAUGGAGGAGGGGGUGCAGUGUGGAAAGGGGGGCAGAGCCCUCCGUCCGAGGUGCUCCGUGCUGCUCACCAUCUCUUGCCCAUCAGCCACAAAUAUGCUACCCUGGCUGUCCUCAAAAGAACAGGAGGAGCAGGGUUUUAUCCGUGCCUCCAGCUCUGUGCUGUUGGGUUUCAUUCAUCCUCAGGAAGAUGGAGAGAAACUUCAAAGUCCCCCAGGGCCUGGAAAUGCUAAGCCUGGAAGGACACAAGAGGGAUGCCACGGGUCCUGUGUCUCCUCUUCCACCUGCAGUGAGCCCUGUGCUAAACACUUCCGAGGACAAGUCGGGUUCACGUGUCAUCAAAACACGUGGCAAAAAUCCACCGAGACGUGCACCAGCCUAUCAGUGGAAGCACUUUUUAAGGACUCGAGUGCAGCGUCACAGCUUUCCUUGGCCUCAUCGUCUAUUCCUCUACACAUUCUUGGCUUCCGAGCUCCACAGCCCAUUGAGAACGUCGUGCAGGGAAUCCUGCAGCACUGCCCCCUGGAUUAUUCUUGCAUCAUCGAGGCUGUGAGAUCGUCCGAGGCUACGUCGGGAAAUAUCGCCUUCGUAGUGGAAUUACUGAAAAACAUCUCUGCGCACUUGUCUGAGGAUGUCACUCAGGAGAAGAUGCAGCAACAACCGCAGGCAUUCCACUCAGCGCUGCACCUGGGCUCUUUCUAUUUCACGGAAGAAUUCAAGAGCAAAUGGUCCUCCAAAUCCCGAGGUAAACGUUACUGUGCUCACUUCGAUAAAGUGAUGACUUUAGAUUGCGAUAGAUCUACGAAGUACAAGAGGCCAUUACGCAUCUCACGGUCUUGCCGUCUAGUAGGGUGGCGCAGGGACCCUGGGCGAGGGGACCCUGUACGCGGGGCUCGGCUCUCAGCCGCGCACGUCUCUCCUCCUCCGUUGCAGAGCUACAGCGCGCUGGCCAGCCACGUCCUGCAGCCCGCCGCCCUUUCCAACUGGACCUUCGUCCCGGACCGCAACGCCAGCUCGGACCUGCUGGCGGCGGCCGGUCAUGUGGAGAUACUCUUGGCCUCCCAGAUCUUUGUAGAUUUCCUUGUCUUUUAUGAAGAAAGUUCCCCUACCAUAGAAGACCCUGGAGCUUCCUAUUUAGAGAAUGUCAAGUACACUUGGCUUCUUCAUCCUGCUGUUCGGAACCAUUAUGGACCACAAGAUAAGAGAUGCUUUGAGGAUGAGGAUGGCUUCACUGAGGAGGAGAUCCAGGGCAGCGGAGAGGACACUGCUAUGGAGAAGGCAGCUGAUCUGACCACCCUGCUCACACACCUGAGUUCCAUCUUGUGGCUGAAUGGUGACACUUACCAAGACCUCAUUGUUGACAAGGAGGACACGAUGACUGAAAUCACAGAGCAACGAGGCCUGCCUCUCCCUAAUGAGGCUGGGCCCAGCAUCAGUCCGAAGGAAGUUGUGGGCAGGGUUGUGGCCAAUUAG